AUGGCGACCUCCAGCACCGCCGCCGUCAAGCCGGCCGACCGCAUGAAGGAGGGCGGUACCCAGAAGCUCGACGUCUGUCCUGCUAAUGUCCCUCCUGACUGCAUCAACCUCGGCCAGGGCUUCAUGAACUGGGCUCCCCCCAAGUGGAUCCGUGACGCUACCUCCCAGGCCAUGGACGAGGACAUCAUGGUCAACCACUACGCUCACCCUCGUGGUCGUCCCCGUCUCGUCAAGGCUAUCUCUGAGCACUACUCUCCCUCGUUCGAGAACCUCGCCAAGGAGGGCCGCAAGCUCAAGCCUGAGGAGAUCAUCGUCACCGCCGGUGCCAACGGAGGAACCUACGCUGCCCUCGCCGCGCACCUCAACCCCGGAGACGAGGUCAUCUGCAUCGAGCCCUUCUUCGACCAGUACUUCGCCACCAUUGUCUUCAACGGAGCCAAGCCCGUCUUCGUCCCCCUCCACCCUCCUGAGGGCGGUGAGGGCAACCACACCGGCAACGAGUGGACUCUGGACAUGAAGGAGUACGAGGCUGCGUUCACGGACAAGACCAAGGCUAUCAUCAUCAACACCCCCCACAACCCUGUCGGCAAGGUCUUCACGCGCGAGGAGCUCCAGAAGAUUGCUGAUGUUGCGAUCAAGCACAACGUUCUCGUCAUUGCCGACGAGGUCUACGACUGCAUGGUCUACGACGACACCAAGCACUUCCGCAUCGCCUCCCUCCCCGGCAUGUGGGAGCGCACCCUCACCGUCUGUUCUGGUGGCAAGUCGUUCGCCGCUACUGGAUGGCGUGUCGGAUGGCUCAUCGGUGACCAGAAGCUGAUCGGCGCCACCCUCGCUGCUCACUCGCGUCUUGUGUUCUGCACGAACGGCCCGAUGCAGGAGGCCAUGGCCAUCGGUCUCGAGGGUGCCGAGGAGCAUAAGUUCUUCGAGGAGCAGACCAAGGAGUACCAGGAGCGUCGCGACAUUCUCCUCUCCUACUUCGACCAGCUCGGCCUUCCCUACACCAAGCCUGACGGAUCGUACUUCGUCCUCGUCGACAUGUCCAAGAUCAAGGUCCCGGAGGACUUCCCCAUCCCUGACACCUGCAAGGGCCGCGGCAAGGACUUCCAGGUCUGUUGGUGGAUGGCCCAGGAGAUUGGUGUCGUCGCCAUCCCUCCCUCUGAGUUCUACUGUGAGGAGCACACCCAGAUCGGUGAGAAGUUCGCUCGCUUCGCGUUCUGCAAGAACCCUGAGCUCCUGCACGCCGCCGGCAAGCGUCUCCUCAAGCUCAAGGACUACAUGUAA